AUGACAACGUUCAGCAAUGUUGGCGAACCUGCCUACGACGACUUCAAUCGCUCGCCGAGAGGAUUCCGUCAGCCGCCUCCCGUCCAACGCCAGCCAGGCAGACAAGACGGAUUCUCGACGAUGCAUGGACCAUUUGGGCUGGAUCACAACAUGCCUGCCAAUCGCUUCGGUAGAGGCGAUCCGUUUGGCAACAGCUUUCAACAGCCGGCGGGAAACAAUAUGUCUCAUUUUCCCUAUGAUCUGAAUGCUGCUCAGACCUGGAACUCGCCCGCGCCUCCUAUGCCUUCGCUAAGCAACGGUAUGGGGCCCAUGGGCCAGAACGGCGACUUCGGUCCUGCUCGAAGCGUCAAGCCCAGUCGCGGUCGCACCGCUAUCAACCAGAUCUGGUACGAUCAGGCACAAGGUCCUCAACAGCAGCCUCCAUCUAUCAAUGCACCCCGCAUCCACCCUGGCCGAAUGGAUGAUGACGAUGAUGAGCUCAUUCCAACAGCUAUAGUGAUCAAGAACAUUCCUUUUGCUGUCAAGAAAGAGCAGCUUGUCAAUCUGAUGGUCGAGAUGAAUUUGCCUCUGCCCUAUGCCUUCAACUAUCAUUUCGAUAACGGUGUGUUCCGCGGCUUGGCUUUUGCCAAUUUCACAUCGCCGCAGGAGACCGAAGCCGUCAUCAAUGCGCUGAACCACAUGGAACUCAGCGGACGCAAACUGCGGGUCGAGUACAAGAAAAUGCUACCCUUGGCCGAGCGCGAACGUAUAGAGCGCGAAAAGCGUGAGCGCCGUGGGCAGCUGGAAGAGCAACAUCGUCCUCUUCCGCAAACACAGCUCUCGAAUCAGCUUUCUCUCAACUCUCUUGGACCAGUGCGCAACACUCCUUCGCCUAUGUCGUCCAGAUCAGCUGUCGCGCAGAAGCCAGACGUUGAUAUGAACGAUCCUCGUACCCUGGAACUCUAUUCCGAGCUUUUCAUGUUCCAGCGGGACACUUCUCGCGAGAUCCUCAUCUUCCCGACCACUCUCGACCCCCAGGAGCGCCGCACUGUCCAUACCCUUGCCCACAAUAUGGGCCUGCAGCAUGGCAGCAGAGGCACUGGCGAGCAGCGUCAAGUCCACAUUUUCCGCGUCGCUUCUGGCAAUAAUGUCAGCCCUCCUGCAUUGUCGGGCGCGUUUGCUUCCAGCGAAGGUCUGCGCCAGACUCUGGGACGUUCGUCAACAGGUGACAUUGCUCAUGAUCGUUAUGAGGGUGUCCCGAAUUACAACAACAAUAGCAACGUUCUCCGAGGCCAGUCUUCUGUCGGUCUGCUUGACGUCGAUGGUGGGUAUGGUCGCAAUGCUGACAACAAUCUGCGUAACGCCAAGAGCUUUGCUGAUCUGCGGACCUGGAGUCCAUCACCUGGCCAAAAUUCUGUGAACUUCCCAUCGGCUCUUCAAGAUAACGGUGCGCGACUCCAGCGCCAGCAACAAGCUAUCAACGACGCCACCAACGGCUCUAGCACCCCCAGCUUAACUCAGAACGAGCACCAGUCUCGUGCCCCUGCCGACGCGUCAUUCCUCAUUUCUGGGAUGACCACCAUGAACAUUAGCAACGGCGCGAAUACUAGUCCACGCCGUCAGCGCAGCCUCUUCGGCGCCAGCGACUGGAACGAUGCCUCCAACUACCAACCCGCUGGACCGAUUGGCAGCAAACGCGCUGUCAGCAUGGGACCCAACAACCAGGAGCUAGGUCCAUCCCGCCAACCUCGUGGACCGGCCUCCAACACCGUCGGCUUCCGACGACUUAACGGACGUGGUGAUAGCGACGAGUUGCGUAAAGCUACGUCUGCUAUCGCCGAAUGA